GUGCCGAGUAACUUUAGCGUGUUGUUGUGUAAACAGAGCAGCGCCAGCAACGAGAGGCUCUACACUUCAGACCAGCACUUUUCUAACGCACAGCACCUCGGCGCGGGCGCGCAUGCAGCAUCACCACCAUAAAAAUGGACGACAAGGAGAAUGUCGCACCGGCGACCAGCAGCGACCCUCUGCAGCGCCUCAAAACCGCCUCAUCAUCACCCAAGAAAGCCAGCAGAAAAGGACGAAGCAAGAGCAUUGGGCCAGGCGCGUUGGAUGAAGCAGAGUCGCCGAAACUCAGCGCAAAGGAUCGCAGGAAAUCGGCAUUUGUGCCAGCAACGAAGAGCAUACUUUCGAAAGAUGAAGAGUCAGCGCGAGCGGCGCGUCGCAAAUCCAUGGCCAACAGGCGCGUCUCUUUUGCGCCGGAGGCCACAUUGCAUACCUGGGACAUUGUGAUGGAUCACCACGAGCACACGACCUCCACAGACUCGGAUGGUAGCACGCGACGCGCUUCGCAGUUCAGCUCGGGAGAUGCAGCCCAGGACGAGGAAGACCGGCAACUACUGGACGCGGAGGACGAAGCGGAUUCAAGGAAAUCCAGACGAAGCUCAGGUAUUCCACCAAUGAAUUUCAACAAUCCUGAAGACAUCUACUCGAGCGGUAUGAGCGGCAGCGAAGAUUCUGGAAGCGAACUUGGCAACGAGGAGCAGUCGGAUGACGAUGAGGGCACUGCAAUGAGCCUGGAUGUGGACGAUGCAACAGUACAGUCUACAGCGGAGAGCGAUAACAGCACUACUUCCAGCGAACGCCUGGAGGCUUCUCUACGAGCGGCGGCACAAACUGCCGGCACUCGUGGUAUCGAGUACGAUGAAUUCGGAGACAUGUCCAUGGAAGUAGCAGAGGAUGAGAUUACGAACGCAAUGCAACCGUGGGCAGCGCAGAAUGCUUUGGAGAGAAUCGGAUCCGCCACCAUGGACCAGGAAAAUGUGAAUCCAUUCUCGCCAGUCUUUGAGGCAGUUGUGGCUGCACGACAGAAUGCUGCAGAUGACGAUGGAACGCAAGACAUGAGCAUGGACGUGACCAGUGCCGUAGGCGGCAUUAUGAAAGUACCGCGGACUGCUGAACCGCAGAGCUCACCUCGAAGCGAGAACGAUGGCAUGAUGGACCUCACCCAAGCUGUCGGGCGUAUCACAGGCCAGAAGCGUAGACGAUCCACCAGCGAGAAUGGCUCACCUGGAGCAAUUAUUGCCCCCGCAGCAGCGAAGCGAAGACGGUCGUCUGCUGCGAGAACGGUUGUCGACGAUGAGACUAUGGACUUGACCAUGGCAGUGGGCGGAAUUCAGAGCACUGCGAUGCCAGACCGUCGGCGGAGUCUGCGAUCAAGGCGGUCGUCUGGGAUGGUUUCUGACGCGUCGGAAGCCACCAUGGACAUCACUCGUGCUGUGGGUGGAAUUAAGUCUGCGCACAAUGAUGUCGACGAUCAAAGCUUCGCUCGGGACGAAGAGCUAUCUAUGGAGUUGACCACUGUGAUCGGUGGCAUCAGAGACCAUUCGAGGCCUACAUCGAGGCACGGCUCCCGGUCGGGCACGCCACAGCUUGCCAAAUCGCCAGCUUCGAAAUCUAGGAGCACUACGCCAGAAAACCAUGAGCGUUCCAAACAUUCGCCGAACGUGGGCACAAAACAGCUUUUGGCGCCUCUGCUGGAGUCGGCGAAGUCAACGGUCGCACCCACGCCCCCUCGAAAGGCACUUUCUCCGAUGAGAUUGUCUCAGUCGCCUUCACAUCCCAAGACCAAUGCAUCGCAACCUGAGCCCGCGAUGGAACCAAAUGGACCGGCCAUCAGCUCGUCAAUGCAGGAUGAAGUUUCGUAUCCAGAGUUGCCAUCCGCAAGCAAGCAUGCAUCUCCCGCGCUUACUCCAACAAUGAGUCCUUCACGACGACAGAGUCGCAAUAUUGGAGGCAGCGGGCAGCGGGAGAUCAAUGGGGCCUCACAACGGACAGCACCAUCUCCCACGGCUCGAAAGCACUCACCAUCAAAAUUGACAGCAAUCACGCCGGAGAAGCAGAGUGCGUCGCAAGACGAUACUCGCAGUCUUCACGAUACGCUGAAGCUCAUGACAACGCCGAGAAAGGAGACUUUAAAGCACACCACGCCGAGAAAGACACCUGGGGCACAAUUGUCACCUGUGAAGCCUAACACUCCCCGUGGCAGACCGACGCCAAAGGGGCAUGUAACAAUACUGCCGUCUCCGGUACGGCACUUGCACGCCGAUCUGGAGCGUAUACAAGCCAACGGGCAAGAACAAGAACAAAUUGGCCUACAGGACUUUUUGACCAAGGCAGGAAUACGAUUCAUGGACUUGACGACUACCAAGCGAAGACUGACUGUUGCACCUCCCUCGAAGACCAAGAGCCUAAUUGAGAGUGAAAGCGACACAGUCGGUCUCGAGGAUGGCGUCGUCGCUGCUGCCUGCACCAUUCCCGAGCUCGAGAUGUAUCAGCACGCAUGCCACGAGCUCAAACGCUUUACAAAGGAGGGCAAGCAGAUCAUCGCUGAGCUUGAGGAACAAACACUGCAGGAUCAGCCACCGUUGAUACGAGCUUAUGCCAAUGCUACGGCCGAGAGGAAGCUGGUGUUGGAUGCGCAGAUGCGCGACAUGAAGACCUUCGCACGUUUGAGAAGCAAAGAGAUGUGGUAUUCUUGGCGCAGCCAACUUCUGGACGAACUCGUGGGCGGCUUGUCAAAGAUCGGCGACGGACUUAUUCGUGACGACGAUAUCCUAGGGAGCUCCGAAAAAGUGCUCGAACAAGUCUUAUUUCCGCUGUUGACGAAGCACGACACAUUGGAACUAGAAGCUGAGCAACUUCAAAGGACAGCCAACGCCAUCCCCGAAGAGGACAAGGAAUCUCUCAAAGAAGCGCGCGACUCGUUGACAGUCGUCAACCUUGACUUGAGCGAGAAGCGGCGGCGUAUCGAAGACCUGCGCAAGCAGGUGGAAGAACAGGACAGCGCGAUCGACCAUCUUCGGGAGAGCAAAGUCGAGUUCACAGCGGCUAUCCAAGAAGCGAAUCGAGUUCGUGAGGCGUGUAGAGGCGUUUCCGUUGACGAGAUUUCUGCUCUGAAAGCCUCUGUCCGCAACCUGGAAACAACACACCGCUGGUCCAUAACUUCCGCAUCAUCGAACCCGUCAACGUUGACCAUGGCCUACAAAUCCGACAUUGAGCUCUUCUUCCACCCCGCAGCAUUCAAUCAUGGCUCUGGAGAUGCCGAAAGCAGGACCCCCAAUGCGCCUAUCAGCCUGACCUACAUAGCCGAUCGCAGCUUGCAGAAGAAGAAGCCACUCACAACAACCCUGCGAUUCUUCCUUCAGCUCCUACGAGCAAGUCUACAAGCCCUUCCACAAGCCACGACAAAGAUCAAGACCCUCCUGGACCUACUAAGCAGCGGCUGGGACAUCGCUCUACAGAUUCAAGAAUCGGAGCGACAGCUGUCCAUUGAGACUCUAACCUCCUCGAGCAUAGUAGGUGACGAGCGUCUGGACAUCAACGCCGAGAUCCUGCUGCCAAAGGUUCGAAGCAAGGUCCGUACCUCGUUUGAACUGGAAGCGAAAGUAGAAGAAAUCGAUGGCGACGGUACUCUCGGCUUGACGGUUGAUGUUGCUCCCAAGGUGGUGGUGGUGUAUGGGGAGCAAUACAACGAGCAUAAUAUGACUCAAUACCUCAAGCAGAGUAUCGACGGCUACGAGAAGUGGGAUGAAGGACUACGGCUUAUGCGGGAGAAACUUAUCGUUAGGGGCGCCAAAGGAGGUCCGAGGAAGUGAGCUUGUAGCUGCGGGCGGAUGGCUUAGCUGAUGAAUUAUGACUUAUGCAAUUCGGCCUUGGUCGAGAAUGUAAUAUCUCUCGUACUUGCGCAUUUCUACACAAAGCGCCACUCCGUGCCUCGCGGCUGAUCUUCA